CGCCAUUAAACAUCAAGAAGAAGAAGAGUGGCAAACAUAGUGGCUCUCCUUUUACACAGUAACGACAUUGUUUACAAAGAAUGCAGUAAGAAGUAGCGUGUGCCGUGUUGCCUUUUCCUGAGCACGAUGGCUACUCAGAGAGUGCUCCCUCAGAGCAAAGAGACUCUGCUACAGAACUACAACAAGAGACUGAAAGAUGACAUCAGGUCCAUCCUGGACAACUUCACAGAAAUCAUCAAAACAGCAAAGAUAGAGGAUGAGACGCAGGUUUCUCGAGCAACUCAAGCAGAGCAAGACCAUUAUGAAAUGCAUGUCAGAGCAGCCAACAUUGUACGUGCCGGAGAGUCUCUGAUGAAGCUGGUGUCUGAUCUGAAGCAGUUCCUGAUUCUGAAUGACUUUCCCUCCGUGAAUGACGCCAUCAGCCUCCAGAACCAGCAGCUCCGCACGCUGCAGGAGGAGUGUGACAAGAAGCUCACCUCGCUCCGUGAUGAGAUCGCCAUCGACCUGUAUGAGCUAGAGGAAGAAUAUUACUCCUCCAGGUACAAGUAGGCUCAUACUUGUCCCCAUACCACCACCUCUCUGCUGUCCCAUGCCCAGCACCAUGUACUGUCUCACCUUUUACCAUUCACUGCUGAGCCCAAGGAAGGGUGUAGUUCAGCCAACAUCUAAACUUGACACCUUUUGUGUUGAGUUUAUCUCAUUGUCAUAUAUAACUGUACCUUUCAUCAGCGCAAAUCAUUGCUGAGGGUUACUGUGAUAGAGUUCAUCUCACUAAGUGACAUUUUUACUGAUUAGCAAGUGCCUUGACUUUUUAUUCUGCUCUAUGACAUCUAUCAUAAUUGAUCAAAGUGGAGGAGAAUUCAGCAUUAAAGGAGUGUACCACUGAAAAUCCGCAUUGUAAAUGUAACAAGCUCUUGAACUACAAUAGUUCAGCAUGUAUUUUUGGGCAAUCAUUGCAGUUUUCUGAUGCAGUUCUAGAGCUUUUCUGAACAAAAAGCACUAGUGUGAAUUCACUGUUGGGUGUAUUUCUAAAGAGUAAUCACACUUAUAAGUUUCCUGGUCUGUAGCGUCCAAUAGGCUUGAGAGAGGUUUUAACAAAUAUUGUCUGGUACAUCGGAGAGACACAUGCUUUAGUGGAAUGUAAACAAUGAGGCCUCGUAGUUCAUUAAUAACUAAAUAUUGUAAGUUGAAGUAACGCAAAGCUUUGUAGGUAAAGGGAACAAACCUUGACAAGAAUUACUCAUUAAAGGAUCUAAAACUAUAUCAAAGUAUAGGUUUUAUUAAAAGAUAUAAUUCAUUGUAAGAUUAUUUAUAUGUACUAUUUAAACCAUAAAUAUAAUGGUGGCGCCCUAUAUGCUACAUUUUAAGGAUGGACUGUGGAAGAAUGUUUGUUAUAGACUGUACAAUAGGUCAAAGUUAAAGCUACUAAGACUUUCUCAAGUAGAUGUUUUCUGUAAAAGCAAUUAGGAAAUAUUUUAUUUUAUUGAUUCCGUCCUAAGACCAUAAGCUGUAACCAUGCAAGUGGUUGUCAGUCACACAUGGUGUGGUUUUACAUGUGUAUUGGUUUGUCCAGAUGUUCCAAUAGACCCAGAAUAAUUAAGAAAUAAAGUAGAGACAAAACACAA